UUUAGGACGUCACUGUACCUUAAGUAAUCCUCACCUUAUCAGACCCGUCGAAGUCAUCUUCAGCCGCAUCUAUCUUUCUUUCCUCUUAGAUCAUCGAUAGGAACCUUGGAAGAGGACCCUCCUCCACGCCAUAGAUUUAAUUCACCCCGAUAGCCAUUGGACGACAUCGCCGUACUAUUUUCGUUAGCAUUCGAUCCACGCGUUUCCGGUAUCUCGAUUCCAUGUUUUUAUCUGCCGGGGGCUUCCCGCGGAAAACAUUCAUCCAGGCCUUAGUGUGGGUGUUGAUAUUCUAGGCCCACUACCAAGACGACCUCUCCGGAGAUGCAAGUUUGCACGGCAAACGCACUCGUUAACGUCUGAGUAUACUACGUUUCUCUGAAGGAGAAUAUAAUAAUUACUCCUUUCGAGCAGUUAAAUCAACGCUCGGGUUUAUCAUCAACUAUAUCGACAGGCAUUGUUGGAAUUGGGACGUAUAAUUCCCUUCUUGAGGAUCAGUACAGCUUUUGAACACCAGAUCUGCUAAGGUCUGAGCUCAGCCCGACCAAUAUGAAGCUGUCAUACCUUUGGACGGCCCCGGAAGUCAACCCCAUUAACCGCAAAGCACACUCAAUCCCUUUCCUAAAUGUCUUUAAUGUAUAUGGCCGUGUGUUCUUUUUCUCAUGGUGGGGAUUUAUGGUGGCUUUCUGGGCGUGGUAUGCGUUUCCGCCUCUGUUGACACAUACCAUCAAAGCCAACCUUCACCUCAGCGCAGCUGAAGUUGCUAAUUCCAACAUCGUCUCGCUAUGUGCCACCUUAUUGGUACGACUCGUUGCCGGACCUGCCUGUGACCGAUUUGGUCCUCGCUGGGUAUUUGCCGGUACUCUCCUCAUCGGAUCGAUCCCCCUCGGCCUCGCCCCUCUCGUUCACAACGCCCAAGGCCUCUACGUCAGUCGUUUCUUCAUCGGUAUCCUCGGCGGCUCCUUCGUCCCAUGUCAAGUCUGGUCCACCGGUUUCUUCGACAAAAACGUCGUAGGAACCGCCAAUGCCCUCACCGGAGGCUGGGGUAACGCGGGCGGUGGAAUAACCUACUUCAUCAUGCCCGCCGUCUUCGACUCCCUAGUAGCGCGCGGCUAUACCGACGGUGUCGCAUGGCGCGUAUCCUUCAUCGUCCCCCUCAUAAUCGUUCUCGCCACCGGUAUUUCCAUGCUUAUCCUCUGCCCCGACACACCCACAGGCAAAUGGUCCGAACGCCACCUCCACGCAGACCAAAACCUCGCCUCCCACGGCGGCAACACAAGCGACGGCCUCAUCGACGUUCCCGGGCGUAUAACCGAUAAAUCCAGCUCCAACGGCACGAACAACAGCAGCGUACAAGAAGUCGGCAAGGAUAAAGAUAAGAAACACGCAGAUUGGGACCACGAAGCCGCGCUAUCACGACAGGAAAUGCUAGAAACGGCAAAGGGAGAAGUCGUCCAAGCACCGACUUGGAGCGCUGCCGCGCGUGUGCUAGCUUCGCCGCAGACACUGUUCCUUGUGUUGACGUAUAUGUGUUCAUUCGGAGGCGAGUUAGCUAUAAACUCCGUUCUCGGGUCGUACUACGCGCAGAAUUUCCCCCGGUUAGGACAGACUAUAUCCGCGGACUGGGCCGCUAUGUUCGGAUUCCUGAAUCUUGUGUCCCGCCCCCUAGGUGGUGCGAUAUCAGAUGCCGUAUACCACGCCGCGGGCCGUAGCGCCUGGGCUAAGAAAAUUUGGGUCGUGGUAUGCGGGUGUAUCGCGGGAGCUAUGUUAAUCGUGAUCGGACGCGUGGAUUCGCAUCACCUGCCCACCAUGGUCGGACUCGUUGCUCUCAUGGCGAUAUUCCUUGAAGCCGGUAACGGCGCUAAUUUUUCACUUGUACCGCAUGUACACCCUCGCGCCAACGGUAUUGUGUCUGGGACUACUGGGGCGGGGGGUAAUCUCGGGGGUGUGAUAUUUGCGAUUAUCUUCCGGUUUAUGGGCGGUGGAACGGAUUAUGCUCAGGCCUUUUGGGUUAUUGGGAUUAUUACCAUUGGAUUGAACUUGAGUCUUUGUUGGGUGAGGCCUAUUCCUAAGGGGCAGUUAGGUGGGCACUAAGGGGUGGUUAUUGUGUUGUGGUUCUUGAUGAGCAAGCGUGGCAUUCGUGAGAGUUGUACAGUCGGCGUUUAGGGGUAGAUUCAUCUGAUUUUAUUCUAUGCGGAGGAAUAUAAGUGAUGGGAAAAUUGGUUAGAUGGGAUAUACAGAGUUCUAGUAUAUGGGGAUACCCUAGGAGGAUAUAAUAUUAGAAACGAUUCACCCUAAUUAUGAGGAUGUUAAAAAUCUUCGUGGCACCUAGAAUAAGCGUAUCUCGAGGUAAUUCAUAUUAUAUCAUCCAUUAUAUCUGUAUCU